AUGGAAGAUAUCGAAAACAAAUACUCUGAUAACACAGCAUAUCAAUUUUCACGACCUAAUAAUAUCAUAUCCACAAGAAAAGGCAUUACACCACUUCAAGAAUCAUCUGCAAAUAUCAUCAAUAACAACAAUCUCACCAGUAUGUUACGAAACAACAAAUUAUUCACGUCACCAAUCAAAACUGCCAAUGAUCAACUAAACUUCAAGAAAAGAGCUGCAACUUCCCCAACACCUACAUUAAUCCCACAUAAUACAAAACGAAAGUUGAACAAGACAUGCUCUAUAAAAGCUGAUGAAGAAAAUAUAUCUCCAAUCAAACCACGUUAUAGUAAAUCAAAUCUAGAUAAUAAGUCAAAAGUCACUGACAAGAGUCCGCAGGUUGAGCAGAGUCCACAAACUGAGCAGGAGCAAAGUACAAACGACAACAUUGGGUACCCACUAUGGCCACCACAAUCAAUUGCGGAGGCACAAUUGCAUCGGCAAUUGUAUCAAAUGGAACAAAGUGCCAACCAUUACCAGCAACUUUCCAAUUUUUUAGUAUUGGAACGGAAAUUCCAAAUAGAAGCUGGUGAAUUUAGUUAA